ACCUUGCUCACUCACCCCACACCCGGCAAAGAACUCCUUCUGCGGUUGCUCCUGACAAUUUCAAAGUCUGGUCUGUUGGAUUUCUCUGGCAAUCAACUGUCUCUUCAGUUUUCAGCUUCUGAUUGUCAGUCUUCAACCACCUAAGGCGGGGCUUGCCGCUUGGAAUCCGAGAAUGAAUUACACACGGUUCAUCACGGCUGCGAGCGCGGCCAGGAAGCCUUCUGCCAUUCGACUCAUGGCUGAGAUACUGGGCAAGUCAUCGAAAUCUGUCCUCUCCCUGGCGACUGGAGCACCAAACCCCAACACGUUCCCUUUCAAGACUGCGGUUAUCACCAUAGACAACGGAGAGACCAUCCAAUUUGAUGAAGAGAUGAUGAAGAGAGCACUGCAGUAUUCUCAGAGUGCUGGACUCCCAGAGCUGUUAUCCUGGCUGAAACAGUUACAAGUAAAGUUGCAUAAUCCUCCCACCAUCCAUUAUCCACCCAGCCAAGGACAAAUGGACAUGUGUGUCACAUGUGGCAGCCAAGAAGGUCUCUGUAAGGUAUUUGAAAUGAUCGUUAAUCCUGGAGAUAAUAUCCUCGUAAAUGAACCUAUUUAUUCAGGAACAAUUCAUGCUCUGCAACCUCUGGGCUGCAACAUGAUUAAUGUUUCCAGUGAUGAGCACGGGAUUAUUCCAGACUCCCUCAGAGAAGUACUUUCCAGAUGGAAACCAGAAGAUUCAAAGAACCCCGAGAAAAACACCCCCAAAUUUCUUUAUACUGUCCCAAAUGGCAACAACCCUGCCGGGAACUCAUUAACAACUAACCGCAAAAAGGAAAUCUAUGAGCUCGCAAGAAAAUAUGACUUCCUCAUCAUAGAAGACGAUCCUUACUAUUUUAUGCAGUUCAACAAGCCCUGGGCACCGACUUUUCUCUCCAUGGACGUUGAUGGGCGUGUCAUCCGAGCUGACUCCUUUUCCAAAGUCCUGUCCUCUGGGUUGCGAAUAGGGUUUAUAACUGGUCCAAAGCCCUUGAUCGAGAGAAUUGUUUUACACACAGAAGUUUCAACAAUGCACACCAGCACUUUCACCCAGCUCCUGGUAUCGCAGCUUCUCCACCAAUGGGGAGAAGAGGGCUUCCUGGCUCAUGUAGAGAGGAUUAUUGAUUUCUAUAGAAAGCAAAGGGAUGCAUUAUUGGCAGCUGCAGACAAGUGGUUAAGUGGUUUGGCAGAAUGGCAUGUUCCUACUGCUGGAAUGUUUUUAUGGGUUAAAAUUAAGGGCCUUCAUGAUGUAAGAAAACUGAUCGAAGAGAAAGCCUUUAAGAAAGAGAUAUUCAUGCUUCCUGGAUAUAACUUCUACCUUGAUAGUUCAGCUCCUUGCCCCUACUUCAGAGCAUCCUUCUCUUUAGCUUCUCCAGAGCAGAUGGACAUGGAUUACAGGAAACCAAGAAGCAAGUUCCUAAGAACUGUGUGUCGGGAACCCACAGAAGAGCCAUAAACUGAAGAGUCCAGCCUUCCAGGGAUUAGCCCAAUUUAUAAAGGAAUCUUUAUGAAGAAAUCGAGCUCUUCAUAGCACUCACGGUUUUCAGAUAAAUUAUUUCUAUGUUUUAGCAGGAAGAAAUGAUUGUUGGUGUUAGACUUACAGAUUGGGUUUCACCAAACACGUCAUAUCUGUAGUAAUUUAACUAGACAACUUUUAAAGUGCCCUUGAACCCAUCAGAUUGCCAAAAUAUAUUUAUAAUCCACCUGUACAUGUUGAUAAAUUUUCAACCCCCGAAAAGUAUUUUUAUCCUGGAUUUUCUUGUAAAGAUUUUUGUAGUUGCUUUAUCAUUUCCCAUAAAUUUUCUUUGAAAA